AUGGCUUAUAGCCGCAGAACAACUGUUACUGCUACCGUCCUCAACGAGUAUAGAGAUAUGAUAAAAAACACAACCUCUGAUCUUGAAGAUCAUCUCCAGGACGUUGAAAACAAACUUGACUCGUUCAUUCCAAAGGGAACCAAGAUGGAGCACGAAGAUAGCAUGCAGUGGAGCCGAAUACAAGAGGAAAGGAAUAGUACUCAACAGUGCCUCCGAAUCUGCGCGGACGCCCUUGAGCACAUAGACAAACUCCAACCCAAAAUUUUGACCGAAACCCCCACGGCUUCCAUCCCACCCUUGGAGAUUGAUGCGAUUGGCAAUUUCAAUUCUGGCUCAUCCAAAUAUGUCACCAACUGCAUCCUGCAGGAGUACAGGCAGAAACUCUUGACCGCGUCUUCAGAUCUCGAGAAACACGCCGAAAGACUAAAGGCCAGACUGGAAGCAAUGUCGCAGGCAGCCAAGAUGGAGGAAACAGCCGAGUGGGAGCAAUUCCAGGUAGAAAGAAAUAGCCUCAGACAGUGUCUAGCCAUUUGUGCUGAAGCAUCCGAGCAAACAAAGCAGGUGCGCUUCAACAAAUUCAAAGAUGUUCUCUUAGCUGAUGAUGCUCAUCAAGUCAUUGUCUCAACACUGGGAGAGCUCAUCUCUGCGAAGCGUAUCACAACUGGAUCUAGGUCAGCACAGUGGCUGGGGCAAAUGUUAGACAAAACUCUUCAGCAGCUUUCCCGGGAUCGCAGUCAUGUGUCUGAAGGCCCUGUGAGAGCUGAGAUGGGACUAGACAAUAAGUUUGACCAGUAUGGGCGGGGCCAUUAG